UGAGUUCCGGUCGGUUCACAUCAUCGCACAGGAAGUGUGCUGGCUGCUGUUGCGUUUUUGGGGAAAAGCCUCCAUCGGUUUGGGAGCAGCCGUUCAGUGAGUGUACACCGAUAAAGGAAUGCAGACCGCAGCAACGACGACGACCAAGACCAAGACCGAGGCGACAGAAGAACCCCGUCAGCAUCAGCAGCAGCAGCAGGUCUCGACUGAAUUGGUCAGGCGGCAGUUGUGGAGUGUGUGUGGUGCGUGACACCAUCAUCAUCAUCAGCAGCAGCAGCAUUUCUUCCUUUUUGCAAAGCUCUCGAAAACCACACCGAUCAGUGGGCAAGUGGUGGAACGAAUUUUCAGUUGAAUCCGUCUUGUGAAUUGAAUCGGUUUUAAAUGGUUUCUGUCGCCCCGUUGAGGAUUGGAUGCAUAGCACGGGAACUGCUGGACUGUGAAGUGAAGUGAGGGACUGACUGAAAAGCGAAGUGGGUGGUUGAAAAGUCCCAUUUUCAGGGAAGGUUUGCUGAACCGCAUGGGGGGACUUUGGUGAACAGUGAUUCUAGGUUUUUCGCGAUUUGUUGAGAAAGACUUUGGUCAAGGCGAAAAGGAUUUAGUGUUCCGUUUUUUUGUCAAGGGAUUCUCUCCUGGUGGUGGCUGCCUGCUUCUUCUUCGUCUCGGGUGGCAAAGAAGUGCGUGUUCUUGGUAUUGUUCCUGGCGCUGGUGCUGAUGCUGUUCUCUCGCGAACAUCUCUCCCUCUCGGUGUGUUUAUAAUAAAUUCGUUGCUGAGUUUGUCGCCUGGUGGCGCUUCCUGCCAAGGAUGGCCUGGUUGAUGCUCGAAGGAAAAUGUAGGCUACUCGGUGUUCAAUAGAAAAUCAAAAUCUCCGGAAGAGAGCGAGUUGGCCAACUUAUUCCCGUUGCCAUUGUGGUGGUGGUGCAAUAUAGUGAAGAGCAUGUGUGCUUCGAGUGGCUGAGUGAUUUGUAGCUGGGGAAAAUUGCGGGUGGUAGGUGGAAAAACAACACACGAAGAAAAGAAAAGUGCUGGUAUUCGGUUGGUCGUGAAUGUUAAUGAGUUGCUCCCAUACGCCUAGGAAAAAUCAGUUCGGCUCUUCAGGGAAGACGAAGACGAGAGUGAGUCACCACCUAUGUGAAGGAAUUUUCAAAAUAGAGCAGAGAAUCGAAUAUAGUGAGUGGGAGAGUGAGAGCACCUUUUGGAAAUUGAAAAGAGUCGUUCGGAGAAUCCAGCAGGAGUGAAGUGGCGUUUUAAUCAGUGACCUCGUAGUACGCAUGAGUUGUGAUAUCGAUUGAUUGCGCACGCAAAGGGUUUUGCUCGCCGCGCCAUCUCGCCACAGUAUACUCUGUAAUGCCGUUUGGGGCCAUCAUCGAGAAGCAGGGAUCGGCAUCCUGCAGCGCGUAGCCGUAGCCGCGGAUGAGCGAAAAGUUUGACGGACCGUUGUCUGUAGCCGUCCCAGAAUUACGGUUCGCGUCCUAUCCGAAGGAAUUCUUCCAGCCAACGGGCCUUUUCCGGUCGCGAGUGCUAGUGUUUAGUGUUGAAAAACCCAGCAGUAGCAGUACUAGUGUGUGCGAUCAAGAUGGCCGCAAGUGUUCCACGACGACGAGCAGUGUCAGUGUUGAGAUACAGUGCUACAGCCAGCUUCAGCAGAAUACCGUAUUCCGUUGCGGCAGUGCAGCGAUACCACUAAGAAGCAUACGCAAGGACGUUAGAAAACUGAGAUGAUGGGGCCAUGAGCCCGAGCCCCGAGGUCAUCAAGAGUCGCAAGUGCGUCUCAAGCGGGCCUGCACCAUGCUAGCGCCGCCGAACCCGAGGUCAAUAUGCGGCCAGGACCCGGGCUGGUCGUGAUGGCGCUUGCGUUUAUUUCGGGGGCUCGGCGAGGCACCAGUCAACAGAGCAGUGCCAGUCAAGGUAGCAAGUUGGGCAAAUUUGAGGAAGACAAUACGGAAGCACUAUCACGGAUAAAUCCGUGGUUGUCAGCGUGCGAUCUGGCGCAACCCAACUCAGCACCGGAUCUCCAGGGUCAAUGUUCAGCCGGUACACUGCCCGUGGCCUGGAUAGACGAAGGUCCUGGUCCACCGCGGUGUCCACCGCCAUGCUCGGCUAAGUCUAAUAAUAAAAAUAGUAAUUAUAAGGCAACCCAUAUUGAUAAUACUAAAUAUAGCAUGGAGAACCGGUUAAAUGAUAAACAACAGUGCCUUGACUAUUUGGGCGACAAUGAAGAGAGUCCAGCACAAAUUUGUAAAAAAUCGCCGUCAGAUAUUGCGACCAAGUUGAAAACGUUACGUUUAAGACAUUGUUGUGAACGUACUGUUGGCAGCGCGCUGCACAACGAAGCGCACGCCAGAGUGUUGAGCGGUGGUUCAGACUGUAUUAGGAUGCUGAGUGACCUGCUGGAGACGGACGCGCUGGCCGCCAGGAUCACCUGCGAGUUCACCGAGGUGCUGGUGCGGUACGACUGCGGACAGCCGUACUCGAUUAUCCACCACUGCGAGGACUGCAAGGAGGCAUAUCGAAGGUGGGGUUGCACCAUUUUACUGCCAUACUUUGCGACGACGGAGGAGGUGGCCAACAUGAGUAGCAGUUGGGACAGUGGAAGCACCAGCGGUAGCAGUUCCCGAGUAGGCUCUAGCACCAGCAACAUAAGUGUUAACAAUAAAACCGGAAACGACGGUGAACGACGGCCAUCCCAGGGUAAACCGAACGCCACCUACCCUCGGGAUGUGCCGAAAAAGCAGACUGAACCAAAAUUGAGCGAUCCGAAGAAGCAGCAACCAUUAAAAGAUAUAUCAAUCGGUGUGAAAAGUUCACGCCGAAAAACGCAACGAGUACGAAUACGACCGUGUCUAGAUGUAUGUCAAACUGUGGAGCAAAAGUGUCCGUAUAUGCUGCCGGGUGAUCGGGCGCCAGCGUUACCAACCCAGUAUGCCGGCGAACCGACGUUUCUCUGUCGAGAUCUGAACAUUCAAGAAACGGGCGAACAGCUGCUGAAAUCCAACAGCGGACCGACGGAGUGCUGCUACGACUACUGUGGAUCAAUUCCGCAGUCUGGUGUGUGUGCAAGGUGUGAUCCACUGCUGUACGACGAUGACACCGAGGAAGAUUACACGGAGGCGGAUAUGAGAAACGAUAGCCCCACUAGUGGGAAACCUCCAGUUGCCAACAGCACGAAUGCCAUCAGCAGUAGCAGUAGUAGUAGCCACGACGAAAGCAGUAGUACUAGAAGGAACCUCCUCGAAGAGCUACGAUUCAGUAGCGAGCUGCCGCCCCGAUUAGCCACGUGUCCGAGCAUAACAAGCGCAACAACCCCGUCAUCACCUUCGGAACAUUGCAAAUCAGCGCAGCAGCUUCUGCUUCAACGACAACAACAGCAACCACCCAGCAAUCCUAAUGCUGCUGUUACUUUUCCAUCAGUGGCGCCGUCAUCGGCAUCGACGGCGACUACUGGAACUACGACGACGACGACGACGGCAGCGGCGACAGUGGCGUCCUCUUCAGCUUCAUCGCUAGCAUCAUCGUCAUCAUUUAUUAAACUAACUAGUAUAAAGUCGAUUUAUAACGCUUACUUUAAUAAUUCGUGGACGAUGAGGUUGCGAUGUCUAGACGAAUUUGUUGCAUGGACAAAAAUCCUGCUUCAGUUGGCCGGGUUAUAGUUAAGGCAAAACCUUUGGGCGCAAACCGGUUGAGUCGGAAGAACACACAAUCACUAAACACUCGGAUACACUCACACACACUUGGGUACACACUUGAAGGAACAUCGUCAGGCACGCUGACAUGAAACCGAAAUACGCCCAGCAAAAAGAACUGCUCGAGAAAAUGCAAAACAAACAAAAACCAACUCAGAGUUAAACGAAAACAACAGAAAACCCCGAAUUGUAACAUCAAAUAAACAAAAUAAUAAAAAGUUCAAGCACAAAUGCUCGGAGAAGAAACAGGAGAUUCAGUCGAUCAAAUGUCCGAUUUGCAGUGCGAAUCUGAUCGAUAGAAACGAGAUUAUUGAGGAAUCGUAAUUUGCGACGGAUAGCAACAACAGCAACAGCAAACAUCAACAAACACAAAACAAAACAGAUGAUUAACAGAUUGAAGCACAAAAAUUUAAUAACCAGCUGCUGCUCCCCUCGAACUCGUGGGUGCCACUCGGUCGAUCGUUUUUCUUCGGAACUGUGACGUGGCGUGGAUCGAUUUGGGUCCAGUUCGUGUUCAUAGGCCGUCAGUUAUGGGGGAGGAAAAUAAACAAAAAUUUCCAGUGCAAAAUAGCGUGACGUUUGCGUGCUUUCGUGGGUGCGAUUGAUGAUGUGAGUUUUCAUGACGGGAAUUGGCUGUGCUUGGGUUAAGAAGGUUCAAACGGUGAUUUUUCCUUGGGUUAAUUGGGAAACGAAUGACUGACAGUGGCAAAGCGAUCGUGAAUGGCACCCUCAGAGUUGAAAUAUGGAGACGGCGAGAAAAAGUGACAAAAUAAUAAAUGGAAAAUGGACAGUUUUAGGUGAAAUAUUAAAGAAAUUAUUAAUUGUUAAGUAAAGUGAGAAAACUAAUAGACGUAAACGAAAGCUAACAGUAGAAGAAGAUAAGAAAUGAAAAGGUUCAACAGAUAAACAAAAAUAAGCAGUUUUUACAAGCUGCUGAAACAACACGUGUAAGCAAGCCAGUAUUUUUCGAGUUCGAUUUUUUCCGUUGUUAAGUUUCAAACUAUUUUCGAGCGUUUUAGUGGAGCAAACAGCAAACCGAAACCAAAUCAGUGGAGAACGAUGUACAUCGAGCCGGAUCCGUCGUCACGGGCUAAGGUUUGUUUCGAGACAAAUUUCUUGGUAAUUCUAUUGCUGCCAAUCGGAAUGACGAUGAGAAUUGUUUGGACAGAGCAAAAAUCAGCAGAAAUCUAUUGGAAAAUGUCGACUUCAGGAAGCACGGAAGGUACACCGGAAGAAGUGAAGCAAUGUGUAGUGUGAAACCAGCGACCAGUAAAAAAGACACACGGUUUUUGAGUACAUUUAAGUCGCUACUAUUAUAAUUAGUCCGUCAAUUUUUACAACAGUCGUUGUUAGUUGAACAUACCAAAAACACGUGUGUGAACUUUGUGGGAGUAAACCUUUUAGACGCCGGAACAAAGGUCCUAAGGGAUGCGGUGAUCUCUCCCAGUGGACUUGUAAAACUUAGUGAACAAAUCAAGAAAAACCACCAAUAAACUCUACUUAUCUAAUCGUGAAAGGUAAAUGCACUAGAGGGAAUUAGAAGCCAAAAACAGAACAAACAUAAAGAGUACAGUUUCUUAACUUUUAUACUCGUUGUUGAGAAGCAUAGCAAAUCAAGUCGAUUGGAGUGCUUUUGUUUAUCACAACCCUUCACUUUCACGUUUCUGUGAACAAAAAUCUCAUUAAAUCGUGAACGCAUUCCUUUGUCUGAUGUGUGAGCGGCCGAGAUCAGAGUACACGAACACCGGCACAAGUGAGGAAUGCGAUAGAAUGCAACUCUAGCGAACAUACACACUCUCACCCCUACAAACCUAUCGUAAAUUGUAAACCUUAGAUCGAGCAAAGUGAAAUUAGAAUAAACGGUCACCAUGUUUGAAAAUCAUUGUGUGGUAAAUUGUUGCGUCAAAGACCUGGCACUCACCUUCUCUGCCGUAUCUGGUGCGGUCAAACGAUGUUAGGGCUGGAACCUUCGAUUGGUUCAUCCCUAACCUUUUGAAACUCCCAAACCAAUAUUCGACGGCAGUUAGGCAGAACCAGAGUAGGAAUAGGAACAAAUCGUUCGGCCCAAACCAACAGAAAAAAAAAACUACGAAAUACUGAGAACAACAGCAUCAGAAACUUGCUCCGGUCAUCGGUUGCGAUCGAAGCACAAAAGAAAGAAAACCUAAAGAAUAAUAAUAAAAAACAAAAUUGUUAACGUUCGAAAGCCAUAUUUUUAGCAUUUAAAUAGUAAUUAAAACAAAUGAAAUUAUAAUCAAUAUUUGUUACAUAAAUGUGAGAUUUAAAACGGAAGCUGAGACUUAUAAGGAAGAACAAAAACCAAAAGAUUCAGCUAAUGGAGAGCAAAAGCAGCAACAAUAAAGGGCAUCGUUUAUGCAUAAUCAAUGAACGAUCGGAAUGGUUGAGCGUCUAGAAGGAAAAACCAGUGAAACAUACCCCUAGUGACGUCACCAAGUUGUAAUGUUAAUCGUGUAGGUCAAAUGGUAAACAAAUAAACACAAAUUAUGCAGAGGAAACCCACCCGAAGUUUUACGAAAGAUCCUAAGUUUACACUGCUAGUGCCAGAAGUGCGGUAUUGUUGAGUUUUGAUUUUUGUCUAUUUAUUGUGCAUAUAUUUUCGAAAAUUUAUUUUUAUAGAGAUUGCAGAGUAAAAACUAACAGUGUUAAUAGUAAGUAGAACGACGUCCUAACAUCAGAGAGCGUGAAAAUGCUUCUGAAAAACCGAAACGAAUCGGGAAGAAAACAGAAAAAGGAUGCAAACAGAACAGAAAAAAAUGUUAAUCUAAGAAUUAUUAGUGGAAAACACAGGAGGAAUAGGUCCACACUGAAAAAAAAAACAAAACCUAGAGUGUAUAGAUUGAAUUUGUACUAUUUUUUAGGAAUAAACAAUAAAAGAAGACAACGGCACAGACACAACACUCACAAUUGACACUAUCUAUCUCUUUCCCUUAUCACACGAACAACAAAGAGUAAAACAGUAAGUAGCGAACACGAGAGCUCGUUCGAAUCCGAGACGCCAUAAUUGUACAGUAGACGAUAUUGAAAAAAAAAAAAACUGUUUCGAGCUCCUCUUGUUUUAGUUCACCGCCGAAAACCCGAAGCUACGUUCACGUAGCAUGAAGUUUACGUACAUUAAAAACACUCGAAACAACAACUACUACUUAGAACUUAGUAUUAAAUUGGAAGACAGCCGUGGAAAUCGUUCUUCCUGCGAAAAGGUUAAAACAUUGAAUACAGCAAAAAAACAAACAAAUAAUUGAUUACAAUUAUUCUACUAGUGACGAUAAAAUUAAAGAUAAAACAUUAACAACAGAACAAAGAAGGCAUUAUGCAACACGCAAGAGACAGAAAACGAAAAUGGAAAUCAAAUCUAUUACAUAUAAAGAAACAAAACAAAUAUAUCUCUAUCUAAGAACACCCUAUAACUUAUCACUAAGACGAGGUGAGGAAAAAGAACACAGCACAAAUAAGACACUGCGAGACGAAAG